UAUAUGCAGGGGUCACCUAUGUCAUGUCAGUCAAAGAAAAACCUGAACAAUGCCAUUUAUCAUUUUCUCCGUAGCUAUUUGCAGUGCAUCAUUAAACUUCCCAGAUCCCUUAAAAUAUUACUGCAAUUAUAAUCGGGAAGGGUUAAGAAUGUGCCACAGCCUUUUGUUUAGAGAAAUGGAUCUGAAUUUAAGCGUGUCUUAACACCAAGCUGGAAUACAUUGUUCAAUUGAAAGUUUCAAGUCUUUGGCACCUAUAUUUUGUGAGAUCUGUUUUUUUUUUUUAUCAUUUUUAUCCUCACCUAACAGUGAUGUGAAGGUCUCAUGAAAAAACCCCGGGUUUAUCUCUGCAUCACUGUAUCCAGUUGAGAACUUAAACCACUGGAGGUCAGCAAAAACAAUAUUCUUUAGCUGAUUUUGAGUUAUUGUUUAACAAGACUGUUAAAACCUCUGGCCGCACACAUCUUUGUUGCUCGUGGCCAAAUGUGUAACAGACUUUAGAUCUUUAGCCACAAGGAACAAUACUUUCUCGCUUGGUAUUAAGUUACAUUUAAAAAAACAGUUCUGCAGUGGUCAUGUUUUUGACCUUAUUAAAACCCCUUGUCAGUAGAACUGUAAUGCUGAACCUGACUGAUCUUAUGUAUUUCAUUUUGAAGUAAGUAUGUUCAAAAUCCUAUAGGCAAAGGCUAAUUUAAAAAAAAAAAAUAGACUGACAUCAAAGCCUUUUUUUAUCAAACUGCCCAACUGAUGUUAAAUCAUUUGGGAUAUCUGGGUAAUGGGUAAUUUACUUGCUUAUGAAAGUAUGAUUAACUUAUUUGAGGGAGAUACAACCCAAGUAAUUUACAUAUGGUAUCAUCCAUUUCUAUGCUAGUUUUGGCAUAUAUGCGUACAAGCCUUGUUAAUAACUUUCAUUCUCCAGCGAUACUAAUGUAUUUAGUAUAUAAUGUUAUAUGUGACACCAACAUUUCACAUAAAAAUAUUAUUUAAGAAAUAAUUUUGCCUUUUUGCUUGUCAUAGCUCUGUGUGGGUGGGUUGGACUGUUGAAGCUAAGUUUAAGGGGCACUGUUUCAUAAUGGUAAGAAUGGGUAAUUGAUUUGAGAUUAAGAUAUCUCGCAAUUUUUUUUCUAAUAACCAGUUGUUGAAAUGAGACUUUUGUGUAACUGUUUACUCAUUAUUGCUUGUUCGUCUCUUGCAAUUUAGAUAAAUGAUAUAACAUUAAGCUCAUGGUGGUUGAGUCUCAAGCAGUAGGGAGGCGGAAGCAAGCCAUGGGAGCUCCGUGCCCACUGAUCCCACGGGACUCACUGAAGACACCGGAACUGUACUUGCAGUGUUGGGUUUAAAUGCACUCUGUAUUGUGGCUAUUUGUUAAACUGAAGUGUAGACUGUGGGGAGACUGGAAAAACAGCAGCACCCAGAUAGCAAGAUGAUGCAGAUCAACCUGACGGGCUUCCUGAAUGGGAAGAAUGCUCGGGAGUUCAUGAGGGACCUGUGGCCACUGCUGUUGAGUGCCCAGGAGAACAUUGCCGGUAUCCCAUCUGCUUUUCUGGAACAAAAGAAGGAGGAAAUUAAACAGAGACAGAUCGAACAGGAGAAGCUAGCUUCUUUGAAGAAGGUGGAUGAGGAUAAGAAGGAAAAGGAGAAGGACGCCAGAGAGAGGGCUCAGUCAAAGAGUCCACGGAGGCGAAAGACAAGGUCGCCAUCACCACGGCGAAGGUCACCAGUGAAGCGCGAAAGAAAACGCAGCCCUUCACGAUCCCCAAGGCGUAAACCCAGUCCAGUUGGUGGCAGCUCACCUCCUCCACCCCUGAUGCAGCUUCCCACGAAACCGUUGGAGCAGAUUGUAGAGCUGGAUACAUCAACAGGACCCAUGCCAGAACCAGUGGCCCAAGAAGCUUCUUCCACCUGUGACACAGUUGUGGAGGUGGUGAAAGCGGACUCUGUGACAGAAGUCAAAGAACCCUCCCCAGAGAAAAUUCCGAAAAAAGAGGAAAGACCCAGGUCUCGGGAAAGGGAGAAGGAAAGCAGGAGGGAAAGACCUCACCACCGCUCCCGAUCUCAUUCCCGCUCUCGCAGACGACGCUCCCGUUCUAGAUCUUAUUCCCCUCGCAGAAGGCAGAGUCCCAGGAGGAGGAUGUCUCCUCGUCGAAGGAGCCCCCCUCGACGUGGUCCCACCAACUCUAGACACAGACACAGACGUUCCCCAGUCCGCAGGAGGCGCUCUCGCUCUGCUUCAUCCUCUGGCAGCAGCUCCUCGGGCUCUGGCUCACCGAAAAAAGCGAUGAAAAGAAUAUCUGGCACACCGCCCCGAAAGCAGGUGCAACCUCGGGACACUUCCAUUAGCCCUGCAGGGAAGGAGAGACGGUCGCCAUCUCCCAGGGCAAGAAGAGGCCGGGGCUCAGCCUCCCCACCCAGAUCAUCUGCUUUAAAACGAAAACCAGGAGCAAGGGGUGAUUCUCCAUCCGAUAACAUCAAGCCCAGACAUUCAGACAGGUCGGAGUCUGAAGAGGAUAAAAAUGAGAAAGGGGCAACAGCAGAUUCGGUGCAGCAGCGACGUCAAUAUCGCAGACAGAAUCGACAGUCGUCUUCAGAUACAGGGUCCUCCUCCUCAGAAGAUGAAGGGCCAAAGAGGCCAACUGCGGGGCCGGGGGCCAGAAAUGGUGAAGUCAGGAGGAGACGAAGCCGUACGCCAUCUCCAAGGAGACGACACAGGGAUCCAUCUCCAAGGAAAAGGCGCUCUCCAUCUCCUGGACGGAGACGUCGCACUCCUUCUCCCCCUCGUCGUCGCUCUCCUUCUCCCCCUCGUCGUCGCAGAUCUCCCUCUCCUCCUAGACGAAGGUCUCCUUCUCCACCUCCUCGUCGACGAUCUCCAUCCCCGAGACGAUAUUCUCCCCCUAUCCAGCGUCGCUACAGCCCCUCACCUUUGCCUCCACCGAAGAGGAAGAUGUCAAGCUCUCCUGCAAAGCGCUCAUCCCCAGGGGCCAAGCGGCGUCCCUCCAGGUCCCCAAAGCGCAGAAGUUCUCCUCCUCAAAGGAGGCGCACUCCUCCCACCUCAUCACCGCCCAGACACAGGAGGAGCCCCAUGUUGCCUUCUGGCUGGCAAAGCAGGGAUACCCGAUCCCCUGCCAACCGCCGGUCCCCAUCCCCUUUAAACCGCGGUCGCGCUGUUAGGGGUUCCACCAGUCCCCGGGGACGUUUUGAAACAUCAAGCUUAUCUCCAUCCAACCAGCGGAGACAGCAGUCCCCUUUACACAGUGGCAAACCCUUCCGCAGGGUGUCCCGCACCCCAGAGCCACGCAGCAACCAGAGACCCUCUCCAAGCCCCCAGCCCAUGAGGAGAGCGUCUUCCAGAUCAAGAUCUGUUUCCCCUCAACCAGCAGCUCAGAAACGUCCAGCCCCUGCAUCUGCCUCCCCCUCACCGACUCGCUCUGCCAGUGGGUCCCCACCACCAGCCAAAAAGGCCAGCAGUGGUUCUGGCAGUCAGUCCCCAAGCAAGAACUCGGACGUUGACGGCAGCGGAAAGAAGAAGAAGAAGAAGAAGGAAAAGAAACACAAGAAAGAGAAAAAACAUAAGAAACACAAGAAGCAUAAGAAAGAGAAGAGUGUUGCCCCUGCUGGUGGAAACGGACAAGAAAACCAGGGUGUGGAGGAGGAUGGAGAAUCAAAAAAAGGAUCAGAGAGCGAAGUGGACGACGCCUUGGACGACCUAGAGAAGCAUCUAAGGGAGAAGGCCCUGCGCUCCAUGAGGAAGGCCCAGCUCUCUCCACCUCAAAUGUCCUGAAAACCAAGGGGCUUUGUCACUUUUUUGAAUUUCCCUCUCACUCUUGAUGUUCGUCAUCAACCUGGGUCAGCUUUAGAAUGUACAAAUUGUUAAUUCUCGAGUCAUUUUUGUUUUCUUUCUACUGGUUUGGUACAUUCUGAAGAGUGUGUUGCAUUGAGAGCUUGAUUUGUCAGUUUGUGUAUUCUCUGAAACUGUAAAGAAGCUUGCGUUGUCCAUUUUUAAAUUGUUGAGCAGGGAACUGGUUUAAGCUCAGAGGUUAGCGUUGGGCAGCUUUCGGGUAUUCUCCAUGGCCUACACUAGACUUCAUUGAGAAGUGAUCGCAUGUGCAGUGAUUGUCUCUGAUGUGCAUGAACCACUGACAUAACAAGAGUGUAGAGAAAAACCAACUCCCAGUAACACCCUGCUACUACUGCCUUUCAGUAGUGGAACCAGAGGCACAGCAGUGUGCCCUGUUAGAGGCUCUAACAGAAUGUCUUGUCCCACUUUGUAACUCAAUAGAGGUGCUUGACGUCGUCUAACCUGCUGUUAUUUUCUGACUUUGAAAACCAUCUUCUCUCAAGACUAAACCAGUCUGAUAGGAAACGGAGUCAACUUUAAUUUUCCAAAUGAAUCGAUAUGCAAUUUUUUUCUGUUGACACUCAUGCGCCAAGCUAACCUCUGUGGGACUGCUAUGAUUUGUAUUUAGUAACCCUGGCUCAUGUCAUCUGGUCAUCCUUUCAAGAUUAAAACCUUUUUAUAGGA